UUUUUUUUAAAGGGAAAAGGUUAUAUCGGUUUAGCGUGGAAAACCUGUAAAAGAAUGAUAAAGUGAUAUCUAAUGGAAUUAUGUCCUUAACAACUGGAUAAGAAACAGAAAUAGUAUCAAGCUGAGACUUAACAAGAAACAGAACGUUAAAGCCAAUAAAAGGUCUCUGCUUAUCUGAUAAAUGAUCAAAAAUGCAGUCAUUCACAAAAGUACAUAAAACAGAUUUUUAUUACUUACGUGUCCCAUUUUUAUACGAAUUUAUUGGUACCUUUUGCCAUAAAAAGACAGUGCAGACUGAACAUCUACUUUUGCUUGUACUGUGCUGGAAUUGAAGUCGAUGCUAGCUCUCUGAUUAAGAAUAAUCUUAAAGCUUUUUUGGAAAGGAAAUGCGUAUUCUAGAGAAAAGAAUUGCUUGUUCUUUCCAAAAAUCAUUCAUAUUUUGUUUCUAAAGUAUUAAAUGAACAAAUCUGCUCUGCGUAGAUACAUUUUGUUGUAAGUACAUUUUUUAUUUGUUGAUUUAGGCUUCUGUCUGCAAGCCAGUGUGUUUUGUUGGAUGCCUCUGCCAGUGCAGAGGCUUACCAAAAGGUGGGGAAGCUUUGCUUAGAUUGGUUUAAAAUCUGUGGGUCUGUAAGAGGAUAAUAACAGUAUUUAUGGAGACUGAAAAAGAAGUAGAUGAACAAGAAUGUCAGAUAAGGUGUGCCUGUUCAAAAUCUGCAGCUCAUAACCAAUUCUUCACUUCACUAGAAGGUUUUAAAAAAUCACAAUUGAUUCUACCAAAGCAAGAGGACAAGAAGUUCGAAAAGGGAGUUAGAAAAUGGUGAAGGAAAGCUGUGCUACUAGGCAGGAAUGUGAGAGUUACUAUCACUAUCAUCAUUAUAGGUGAACAGGGAAAGUACUGUCAGUCUUUAGGAAUUCUGUAGAAUGCUAAAAACUUUAAUUUCGUCAAGUAGUGAUUCCUGGAGCCGUGUUGUACAUGGUAGUGUUAUCAUUCUGUAAAAACAAAUAAAUAAACCAGCCGUUCUUGCUAUAAAGAAAAGAUGUGACUACUAAAGGAUUAGAGCCUCAAAAAAAAAAAAAAAAAAAGGGUAGGUCCAUGUCAGUGUGUUGGAGGUUUUGAAUAAUAAUUUUCCAGUGUUUGGAGGACAGUAUUAUGAAUGUGUCUUCUGCACAGGCUUGAAAUGGAGGGAGUAGUCCAUGUGUCUGAGGUGGCAAGAGGGAGAGAGCUUUGUGAACUGAACUCCUGACUUCUGAGCCGCUGGAAGCGCCAGCAGGGGAGAGAAUCAGCGCCCUGGUCCAGUGAACGCAGCAAGGACCUCCUCAUGCAGGCAAGAGGUGGAAAGGGGCCGAGAAAAAGAGCCCAUUGUAUCGAAAAGCUACUAUCUGGAAACAAUUUCCAAGAUAUUGAGGGUCAUCUUAAAGAGCUUGAAGAUGUUGACAUGACUAUUGAAUAUCUUCAGGGGACAGAAGUUACCAAGGCUGUAUACAGAGUACUCAAGAGCUGCCCUUCAGUAGAGUUGAAAAAGAAAGCAAAGCGGCUAUUGUCGAAGUGGAAAGCACUUUACAAGAAUAACUGUGUUCAGUCAGUACAAGUUAAGUCAGUUUCUGGGAAUGUAAAGGAGGAAAUUGAACAUCUCAGUGGGACUCCCAGAGAACAGUUGCUGUCUGAAGGACCUAGUCAGCAGGAAGUAUUAAAUACUGCCCCUUCUCAAGUUUUGGUCCCAUCACAAACUGUUAAAAACGUGGUAUGCAAUGACCCAGAAGGCAGCUUGGAACAGCUCUCCCCUUUUGAGGAACAAUGUAUUGAUAACAAAGAUUCUAAACCUCUUGUUAAUGAAGCAAGCUUGCAGCAGGAUCACAUGAGAGCUCUGAGGUGUAAAUGUGCAGAUCUUCUUUAUAAAGCUAUGAGUGAUUCUGCGAAAGAAAAAGAAGAAACUGAUAAAUGGCUAGAGCUAUCUAAAGAAAUCGAAGAACAUAUUUUUGCUCUUCAUUCUAAAAAUGACAGGAAAUAUAAAAAUUGCAUCAGAAGUAAAAUCUCUAACCUGAAGAACCCUAAAAGUAGCCACUUAAAAUGUAACCUUUUUUCAGGGACUUUGAGUCCAAAGGCUUUUGCUGAGAUGACAGUGAUGGAAAUGGCCAGUGAUGAACUGAAACAGCUCAGGGCCCUGUACACAGAGUCAUCUGUGCAGGAACAUCAGCUUCCACAAGUUAUUAAUGGCACUCAGACAAACAAAAUAAAGUGUAGGCGCUGUGAAAAAUUUGAUUGUACCAUCACUAUGAUUGCCAGAGGAACUCUCUUCCUUCCAGGUUGGGUGCGAAACACAAAUCCAGAUGAACAAAUGUUGACUUACAUUAUUUGUAAUGAAUGUGGAGAACAAUGGUAUCACAGCAGAUGGAUUUGUCUGUAAUGCUGUCCUGUCCUGUGGAGGUUUUACUCGGGUGGGCAGCCAAGUUUGUGGAGCAGAUUCUGGGCCGGAGCUGCAGCCCGUGGAGAGGAGCCCACACAGGAGCAGGUGACCUGGCAGGAGCUGCUGCAUGUGCUGAGGGAUAGACCCCCGUGGUAUGGAGCUGUGUGG